UUGUUAAUCAUUCAAGGCACAAUUUAUAAGGCAAAAAUACUAUUUAUUCUAAUUUUAUUAUUUACCUGUAAGCGACAAACCCUAGCUGUUGAUUUGCGGCAAACACAGAGUUACAGAAACAGUAUCAAUCAAAGCCAUGGAAUUCUCUCAGGAUGACUUCGAUCGUCUCCUACUCUUCGAGCACACUCGUAAAACUUCCGAAGCUACUUACGCCAAAGAUCCUCUCGAUGCUGAUAAUUUAACAAAAUGGGCAGGAGCAUUGCUGGAAUUAUCACAGUUUCAAAGCGUUUCAGAGUCGAAGACCAUGAUUAACGAUGCCAUGUCGAAGUUGGAGGAGGCUCUGCUCAUCAACCCUUUGAAGCAUGAGGCUCUGUGGUCUCUAGGAAAUGCUAAUACCUCUUAUGCAUUUAUGACGCCUAAUCUCGAUGAGGCAAAGCCUUAUUUCGAUAACGCAUACGAGUUUUUUCAAAAGGCAUUAGAGGAGGAUCCUGGUAAUGAGCUAUACAUCAAGUCUUUGGAAAUCAAUGCUAAGGCAACAGAGUUGCACACAGAGAUCCACAAGCAUGGACUAGGUCAACAGACUGCAACUGCAGGAUCUGAUACAUCCUUUAGUGCAAAGAGUUCCAAGCCGAAGAAGAGCAGUGAUCUCAACUAUGACAUUUGUGGAUGGAUUAUCCUUGCAGUUGCAGUUGUCGCAUGGGUGGGAAUGGCUAAAUCCAACAUGCCGCCACCACCCCCUCGAUAAGUUUUUAUAUCCAGUUAAGGUAACCUUACCAGUGAUUUCUGGAAGGUUCAAUUUUUGGUCAAAAAACCGACUUGGUUGCUUUGGUGUAAUUCGUUUUGUCUGCUAUUUGUUGAUUAUGAAUAGUAUGUUUUCACACUGCUAUUUCACCUAGAAAAUUUACAUAAAUUAUCCCUUGAUCUACUGCAAAUUAUUAGUA